AUGAGUGAGCUUGGCUUUCCAAAAUACUUUUUGAAACACUAUUAAAGAGACUGUAGAAAUAUCCAGCACAGAGCACCAUGGUGGAGCAAGAGAUUUUGCAAUCGUGUAGUUAUCCUCCAGAAAAAUGUUAUUCAGAAAUAGUAAUGAACUCCCGGUUACGAGCAUUAGGUGGGAGAAUAAAUAAUAUACGUUCAUCAGAGCUGCCAAAAGAGAAGACCCGAUCAGAGAUUAUCUGUAACGUCCACUUUCUGGAUGGCUCAAUACAAAGCUUCAAAGUCAAUAAACAAGAUACUGGUCAGAUUUUGUUGGAUAUGGCUUAUAACCACUUGGGUGUGACAGAGAAGGAAUAUUUUGGUUUACAGCAAAAUGAAGAGGCAGUAGAUUCCCCUCGGUGGCUUGAAACGAGCAAACCUAUCAAAAAACAGCUUAAAGGAGGUUUUCCCUGCACCCUGCAUUUUCGAGUAAGGUUUUUUAUACCUGAUCCCAACACACUGCAGGAGGAACAAACCAGGCAUUUAUUUUUCCUGCAACUGAAAACAGCUAUUUUGGAAGGAAGGUUGACAUGCCCUCUUAAUUCUGCUGUUGUCCUGGCAUCUUAUGCAGUACAGGCUCAGCUUGGAGACUUUAACUCCACAGAACAUCAUUCAGGAUACCUUUCAAAUUUCCACUUUUUACCAGAUCAGAACAAAGAUUUUCUAAUCAAAGUUGAAUCGCUGCAUGAACAGCACAGUGGCCUCAAGCAAUCUGAAGCAGAGUCCUGUUACAUAAAUAUAGCACGAACCCUUGAAUUUUAUGGAGUGGAAUUACACAGUGGUAGAGAUCUACAUAAUCUUGACCUGAUGAUUGGAAUUGCUUCAGGUGGCAUUGCUGUGUACAGAAAAUGUAUUUGUACAAGUUUCUAUGCCUGGGCAAACAUAUUAAAAAUUUCCUUUAAAAGGAAAAAGUUUUUUAUACAGCAACGACAAAAACAUAAUGAAACCAGAGAGCAUAUUGUUGCCUUCAACAUGUUAAAUUACAGAGCAUGCAAAAAUCUGUGGAAAUCUUGUGUAGAGCAUCACACGUUUUUUCAGGCAAAGUCACUACCUCAUGAAAACAAGAUAUUUUCUCAUUACUGGACCUUGGGUUCUAGAAACCUAACAAAGUCUGUAAACAACCAGUAUUGCAGAAAAGUCAUAGGUGGGAUGGUUUGGAACCCAUCAAUGAGGAGAUCUUUAUCGGUUGAACAUUUAGAGACCAAAAGCCUUCCUUCUCGGUCUCCUCCUGUUACCCCCAAUUGGCGGAGUCCUAGGCUACGUCAUGAGAUUCGUAAACCGCGACAUUCAUCUGUAGAUAACCUUACGAAUGAGAUUACAUACAUUACAGAAACUGAGGAUGUUUUUUAUACAUAUAAAGUCUCUCCAACCUCAAAGAACAGUGAUUCAGAGGUCUCCCAGAAUCGCAGUCCAUGGAGAAGGUCACCUGAACAAGAAUCAUCAAAGAACAUAUUGGGAAAUAGUCCAUCAGAGAGCUGUUUGACCCAUACCUCACCAAAUACCUCGACCCAGUCUCCCAAUGGUGUUGGCAACACUUCAGGCUCCUAUCCGUUGGACGGGGCGGAUCAGCAGUUUUUAGAAACAUAUGACAAUGUUACAAAGGGUAGCACCUCAGAAGAUUCCAGUCAGUACUACUGUGACAGGAAUGAAGUAAUAGAUGGGGAUUUACUUUCGGUGCAUAUUACCCCAGAUGAAGAUGGGAAAUUUGGAUUUAAUCUAAAGGGUGGUGUCGAUCAAAAAAUGCCUCUAGUGGUGUCAAGAAUAACUCCUGGGUCACCUGCGGAUAUAUGCAUCCCAAAACUAAAUGAAGGUGAUCAGAUAGUGUUAAUCAAUGGCCGAGACAUCUCAGAGCACACUCAUGACCAAGUGGUCAUGUUUAUAAAAGCCAGCAGAGAAUCACACACAAGGGAACUUGCACUUCUGGUCAAGCGGAAAGUUCUCAAACACUUUGUUGAGACCAAAUCUGAAGAUGAAGCCGAUUCUCAGAAUUUUCAAGAAUCCAUUCUUCCCACAUGUUCAGAGUACGGUGAUACACUAGAAGAGUCUAUGGAACAACUGAAGAAAGGUCUGGAAAAUGGGACAGUGCUCACUCAGUUUGAACAACUUUACAGGAAGAAGCCGGGGCUGUCUGUUACAUGUGCAAAAGUACCUCAAAAUAUGGACAAAAACCGAUACAAAGAUGUUCUACCUUACGAUGCCACACGGAUAAUAUUGCAAGGAGAUGAAGAUUACAUUAAUGCGAAUUAUGUGACUAUGGAAAUUCCUUCCGCUGGCAUCGUGAACAGAUAUAUUGCCACUCAGGGGCCUCUUCCACAUACCUGUGCACAUUUCUGGCAGGUAGUCUGGGAUCACAGAUUAACAUUGAUCAUCAUGUUGACAACCCUUACGGAACGAGGACGGACUAAAUGUCAUCAGUAUUGGCCUGAUCCACCAGAAAUAAUGGAGUAUGGCAACUUCCGUGUCAAAUGCCAGUCUGAGGAUUGCACUAUUGCCUAUGUUUUUAGGGAAAUGGUGCUUACAAAUAUUGAGACAGAGCAAGAACACAUAGUUACCCAUCUCCAGUACGUUGCUUGGCCUGAUCACGGUGUUCCUGAUGACUCCACGGACUUCUUGGAGUUUGUGAACUGUAUGAGGCCAAAAAGAGUAAAAAACGAGCCAGUCCUUGUUCACUGCAGUGCUGGAAUAGGUCGCACUGGUGUGUUGGUCACUAUGGAAACAGCCCUGUGUUUAAUUGAAAGAAACCAACCUGUUUAUCCACUGGAUAUUGUAAGAAAAAUGCGAGAUCAGCGAGCUAUGAUGGUGCAAACAUCAAGUCAAUACAAAUUUGUGUGUGAAGCCAUUCUUCGUGUUUACAAAGAAGGAUUAGUUCGACCACUGGAUUCCAGUUAGUACAACAGUGAAAAAUUGAAUUUCUUCUUUCUAAGACGCUUCCAGUUUUUGGAAAGCAAUCAGCUCAUUUCCAUAAGCAAGUAGAAAUGUUAUCACAAGCCCAUGGGAAGACAAAUGAGCAUAUUUGAACUCUGGCACUUUAAAUUUCUGUAGAAGAAUGCUGAAUCAUGUACAGUAUGUAGGAAACAUGUAGAUAUGUAUAUGAGAGCAAUUGUAUGUAAUAUGCAUUAUAUACAUGCACACUGAAAACAAAUAAUUGUGGAAACCUUAGCACGUAUCUUAUCUUGCUGCCUUAAAACAACUUUUUUCUCUAGAAAUUACUGUGGUUCUGAUGUUGCCUGUUCUAAAAUACAAGAGGAAAACCAGUAGUAGCAUUACAAAAUGGCCCAACUAAUGAAGUAGAGAGUCUCUUCACCUCUGCUAGGAGCUGAGGACUCAACACCUUUAAAGAGGUUGGUCCCAAAAUAAUCAUAGGCAAGGUAGUAUUGGUCAUGUUGUUUAUUUUAUAAAGAUGUCUCAAACAUUCUACACAAACAGAAUACCAAUAGCUGGCCAGUAAUUGAAUUGAAUUACUGGAGAAAUCAGUAUUGAAUUACUGGAGAAAUUAGUAUUCAGUAUUGAAUUACUGGAGAAAUUAAAGAACAAACUCCCAUAAACCUGGUAGCAAGUUAUAACCUGCCACCUAUACUAAUACACUUUCAGCAAGUCAUAUGUAGCAUAAAUGACACACUAACUCAUUUAUUUUGGUGAGAGUAUAAAAUGCAUUGGCCUAUGACCAGGUUUUCCAAUUGUUUAACCUCUGAGCAGCAAUCUAUUUCCUAUGCUCCUGUCUAUUGCACUCCUUUGCUCCCUUCUCUCUUCAGUAAUCCCAGUUUAUACUUUGUUUUGCUAUAUUCUGUUUCUCCUAUUUAAACAUUGUAAAUGUAAGCUUAUAUUUAGAGGUCUGAACCUCUAUAAUCUUUGUUUCUCUGUAUCUUUUUAGUUUUCAGUUUCAGGCAUGGGCUAGUAUUGCACAUGACUGCUAGACCCUUUAGCUUAUUCCAUAUGCAAAAAGUCUAAUCCAGUACUGGAGAAAAUAUACUACUGAACCUAUUCAAUAUAUUGCUGCUAAUUCAAGGUGUAAAUUUUAUGAAGGCACAAAAGUAACUAGGAUUUGGACAGCUAUACAAUAUUGACUUAAUUCAACAGAAAUCUUAUUCCAAUCCAGUGCAGCGCAGCUUUGUGUAGUGUGAGCAGUGCUGAUCUUUAAUGUCUCUUGCCUUUCAAUAAAUGCAACCAACUUCACGUGAAGAUUCCUAUGUAAAGAAAGAAUGAAUUUGUGCACUGGUAAAUAAUCCAUACUAAGGUACAAUGGUCUUGCUUUCAUUUCAAAGCGGGAGAGAAUUGAACUUUCAGAUCAAUAUAACCACAAUUUUGUGAUGUUAAUUUAUUCAGUAUGCUCUUUUGGAUUGUCCUAGAUAAUUCUGUUUAUUUCUAUAUAAAUACUGUUUUAAUUUUAGAUAAAAUAUUCUAUGAGAUUGUAUAGAAUACUGUUAUUUAAAACUUAGUUCUAAAUAAGGAAGUUGUCUAAAAAUCUAUACAUGAGCAUAUUACUCAGAUGUUUAUAUGUGUACAAAAAGAGAGUUAUCUUAUUUUCUCCUAAGAGAUAGAUAGAUAUAGAUAUAUAUAUGCACAUAAAUACUCAUUUAUAUUUUAGAACUAUAAUUUGUAUUAUAGACACUACAAUUUUUAUCUAAUGUUUAAUUAUUUUAUUGUGCUUGCUAUGCUUGAAUACUCUGCAGCAUCUUAUGACCAACAGGGUUUUUUUUCAGAAGAUAGUUUAAAGUUCAUGUAGUACCUAUUAAAUCACUGACUACUCUGUUCUGUGGUUCAGCUCUUUCUUGGAGAUUAUGGUUGCUUGCAGACAUUAAAAAGCAAACAAAAAAAAUGCACCUUAUUGGAAGAAGCAUACUACUUUGACUGGGCUCUGCAGCAUGUGCAUAGAUUGGGCACUUCAGCAGGGCUUUUUGGUGCUUUUAUAUAAAGCUGAUUCAAUCACCUGUUAGAUAAAAGUGCCAAAAAAACCCCCCACUAAAGCGCCUGAUGUAUACAGACUUUGGGCGAGCUGGGUCCAACUGACACACUGCCUCUUCUGGGCAUGCUCUGGGCUCAGUGCAGGAGCAUGCCAAGUUUAAAGUAAAGCAGCAUUUGUCUGUUUCUUUUGUUAAUGUCUGCAAGCAACCUAUGUUACUAGUCAGAGAUGGAGGUGGGUAACCUAUUUUGGGUAAUACUCAGUUAAGAAACUAAUGCUGUUUUAGAACAAAUGAGGUAAUCCGUCAGUUUUGGUGAUGUGGGUUGGUCAGCAAGUGAGAAGUGGUUUCACUCAGUGGUUUGGGCAUGGGCUGGAAGUUAAGAUACUGGUUCUAAGUCCUAUUCUGACUUUAUCUCAUUUUAAAUCACCUAACCUCUUUAUACCUCAGUCACUCCAAUGUAAAAUGGAGCUGCUUAUUCUUGCUUGUACCUUGUAUAAAGUGUGUUGAAAAAUAUACAGGCAAAUUCCUAUAUAUGUACAUAUUUAUAUUACAGAAUUUUUAGAUAUUUGGAAAAAAGGUUAGUGCUGCCACACUGGAAAUAUAACAACUGUAGGUAGUAGCAAAGGAACCUUGUCUUCCACUUGGCUCACUGCCAGGAGACUUAUAUUAUUGUCAUUAUUAUUAUUCUGUUUUUCUUUGCAUCGACUCAGCACUUUAGAAGUAUACUCGUCCACAUCUGCCUAUCCCGGGCUAUGAAAAGAGCAGGUUAUUCUGUUACUGGUAAUUGAUAGUAUAACAAGAAAUCAGAAAGAGAAAUGAGUGCAAGACAGCAAAAGGAGUGUAUUUAGGCUCCCUCCUCUCCCCACCUCCCCCUGGCUUGUGACAUGCAUUUAAUUCUAUUAAGUAUUUCAUUAUUUUAUAACCUAUUUGUGUUUUAGACCAUUGAUAUAUUUCUUUCAGUACUCAUACCUCUCUCUCUGCAUUGAAUGUAUAAUACUUACCAAAAUGCAAUAAGUUUCUUCAGGACAUAGUUCCAAUAUUCUCCAGCUGUACUGCACAACUUUAUCUGGCACAAUAGCAUAUGCAUUUAAGACUGUCAUCAGAUUUUGACGUAUAUAGUUCUUUUUUUUUUGUUAGUAAAUCUAGAGAGAAUAAAAGGCUUCUGUCUUGCACAUCUGCAAAUUAACACUUGGACUCUGAACAACUUUACAUAUGCAAAUCUGAAAUAGCAAUACCUAAAGUAUUGCUGAAGUAGCAUUAACUUCAGAAAUCCCUAAAUUGAGUUUUUAUAAUUCAUGCUUUAAAAAAAAAAAAUCAAAGAGCACAUAUUGGGUUAGAAACCAAUAAGUCAUCUAAUUCUAUUUCAGUUUUCCUGUGUUUUGCAUGAGUACUCUAACUGACCUAGGCAGAUCUUCACUGGAGAAUGAAGUACUGUACUACUUGUGUUCAGAAAGAGGUUUUUUCCCCUAUUUAACAUGAAGGGGGAAAAGCCCCUCAUCUUGGUAUUGAGUGUGAGGGUUUGGCUGGGAUGUAUGCAGCUGGGCCUGCGGUAGGCCACUAGGAGUAACUUGGGGGUCAGCAAGGCAGGGACGCAUAGAUCAGAGCAUCAGAUCAGGGUCUGCAUUGGCAGAGCGGAGAGUGUGGGACCAAGUUCCAAGGGAGCCAGGAGGUGAAAUCUGAGUGAUGUAGUAUGAACUGUAAGGUGAGGUCGGGAGCCAGGAGUUCGAGACCUGGUGCCAAGUUCCAAGGAAGAUCUGAGGUUAGAGUCAAGGAAGCCAAGCUGAGUCAUGGUUUCAGAGAAAUCAGAGAUAGCACCAGAACCAAGGUUCAGGGGAGGGCCAAGGAAAGCCAAAGCCAAGUCAGGAGCUAGGAGAACCAGACAGCAGCAAACACAAGGCUUGCCAGAAUAGACUGAGGCUGUAUGAAGGCAUGUCAGCGGCCUGAGACUUCAGAUAUGGUUAUAAGGCAUCAGUGGUGCUUUCAGCUGCCAAUCCAAUUGCAGAGAACUGGGGGCAUUAGCCAGGUAUUGGGGGCAGGUGUAAUGACUCAGGAGCUUGGCCAAGCCAGGCAUGCCUGAUCAGAGCCCCUGAUGUCCUGUAUGAGGCAAUGGAGGGCAGAUAGCUGUUGUAGCUCCAGCUCUGGCCCCAACCCUGGGUCAGGGCUGGAGAUGCAGUGCUACUGCCUGCCCCCUCCUGCCUCUGCACCCCCUGCCACUCCUUCUCCACAGCCUCAGGCCCCCUCCACCCUUCCUCCCCCAUUCCCACUCCCCUCCCCCAUACUUUUGCUCCAGCACUGGCAGGCACUGUCCCCACUGGAGCAUGGAACACAGUCCCCAUCCAGCCCUGUAGCCAUGGUACAGGUUCUGUGCUUCUGCUAUGGGCCUGUGCUCUGUGCCCCAGGCUGCAACAGGGGUAGGGACUCCUGGCAUGGAGCAAAGGUAAGUGGCAGGGGGGGCAGGUAGGGGUAAAGGCUUUGGGGCAGGGGAGCAGGGACCCAUGGCUGUGGGGGGGGAAGCACAAGGAGGAGGUAAGUUUGAGGGAGAGAGGGGACCAGCAGCAGGAGGCAAGGUGCCUACCUGCUUACCAACCUCACACUGCCUGUCCCCCAUUGCUCCCUCCACCCCUGCUCCAAUACUGCCUCCUCAGAUACAUGUCCCCCCCCCACCUACCCCAUUACUACCCCACUUAUCACCUGUCCCUCCACCUGCAGUAGUGCUGGUGAUGAAUUUAAGAUGAUUCUCCAUUAAUUAGAUUCAAAACAUGGAAAAUUAUAACAAACAUAAAUUGUCCACAUAUAGAAUUUAGUUAAUGGGGGGGCGGUCAUCCUAAAUUCAGGGUCUUCUUGGAUUUAGGUAAGUUUUUGUCAUCUUUCUCCAUGUGAUGGAUUUGCAGUGGAGGAUAAACCUCUGAAUUUAAUUUUGUGACCAAAGGGUAGAAGGUAGAGUGGUCCUCUCAACUCCAGUCUUUUGGUCACUCAUGUGAACUGUAAAUGAAAACUGGGUACUUGUGAGUACUUGAGUACUUACUUAUGAGUAGGAAUUAAUCACUUAACCUGCUGCUUGGUGAGAGGGCAGCAGGACAGGCCCUACGAGGAGAGACUGAAGAACCUGAACCUGUUCAGCCUCAGCAAGAGGAGGCUGAGGGGCGACCUGGUGGCUGCCUACAAGCUCA